UUUACCAUGAUUUGGCUCUUCGGAAAAGUAGUGCAUAGUUAAACCACUUGUUAUAUUUAUUACUCCAUAUCCAAAGAGAAUCCUUACUAUAAGUGAUGCUGCAGCUGAGUCUGAGAGGUGUGAGGCAAAAGAUGAGUCAGGAAUCCAAAGAUGACAUAAGCCUCUCUGGUCUGCCCCCUCAAAAUUGUCAAGCAUCACUGGAUGGGAACACCAAAUUUUGAGAUAUAUUUUAAUAUUAAUAUCUCUUCUGCCACAAUCUGAACCCUCUUACAUAUUGUUAUAUAUAUACAUAUCUCUCUCUCACACUCACCCUCCUAACAUUUACUUUUUUUUAUUCAACCCCUUAUUUAAGACCAACCGCCCACAAUUCUUAAUCCCCUUAUCACAUAAAAAAACAACUGAUCACACACAAGCUAGCUAGACUCCAUUAAUAUUCAGUUCCUUUUCUCAAAAUCUUUUGUGUCUUUGUAUAUUGCAAUGUUUUUCAAGGGUGAGAAUCAAGAUCAGGAGGAAGAAGCUGGAAAUGAAUUUUCAGCUGAGACAAAUUACCACCAAGAUGUGGAAUCAAGAACAAGUACUGGAAGUGGUAGAGGAGGAUCAGCAGAAAACGACAAUAAUCUUGGGGAUUGGUUAAGCUUAGGAGGCCUCAACCAAAACCAAUUAUCGUUUUCAGCUGGAGACUUUGAUCCUCAAUCAUCAGCAUCAUCAAAACCAGCAAGUACUACUAGUACAAAUAACAAGGUUUUCUCUUGUAACUUUUGCAUGAGAAAGUUCUAUAGCUCACAGGCCUUGGGGGGUCACCAAAAUGCUCACAAGAGAGAAAGAGGAGCAGCCAAGAGGUACCACUCUCAUAGGAUGAUGAUGACCACAAUGGGGUUUAACCCCUUCAACCAAGGGACGCCUCGAUCGCUUGGAGUCCAGCCCCACUCCCUGGUUCACAAGCCUAGUAGUAAUAGUAGUAGAGAAGUAGGGUCUGCCAUGGUUGCAAGAUUUAGUGAAGCAGAAACUGGAUUUGGGUCCGGGAUGCCAUGGACUACAGUUCCCUUUAUGCUUGAAGAAACCAUGGAUUUAGUUUGGCCAGGAAGUUUUCGAGUGGGGAAGUUGCCAAAACCACUAUCUGAAAUACACCAUCAUAACAACAACAACAGUAGUAGUAAUAUGCUGGACUUAAAUCUCAAUCUUAGUCUUUGAUUUUAGUUUUAUCUUUUUUUUCUCCCUCUUUGUAAUUUGAUUUCAGUUUGAGUUGUUCUUCUCUGAUGUUAUGCCUAACUGAUCUGUAUUAUACUUUGAUAUCCAUCAGAUUGGAAUCUAUAAAUAUAUUAGAAGCUUAAUCUUUGUUCUAGCCACCCAAAGAAGUGGAAUAAUUGAACAAGUAAUACACCACUUCUUUCAGCCCCAA